AUGCAUCAAUAGUUGAGUUAUCUAUAGUUUUGUUGAAUAUUUAUCAAAAGUUGACAUAAAUGGAUACGUCCUAUCUAAAACUCAGAGGGUUAAAAUAAAUAAACUAUCGGUGAGAUACACGUUUAUAACUGGGACGAGUUAAAAUAAAAAGUGAUUCGUGUGUUUUAAAAGUGAAUUAUGUGUUGGCCAAAUUCACGGGGACAUACUCAAUGUGCGAUUUGCACCAUGCCGGUGCAUACUAAUGCAUUAUACAUGUCGAUGAUUUGAUAUCACGGGGAUAUUUGUUACACACGGAAUAAAAACGUUUUAUUUACAACCUAAUUGGCUAUUCAGAUCUAGAAUAUUUAUUAUACGUUAUUUGAACAACCUCAGAUCUGUAACGUGUUUGAGACAUGGUUAUAAAUAGCUGAAGAAUAUAUGAGCGCGUUUAGGAGUUCUUAAUAAACGAUUGAACAUAUCAAAACUAUAAACAAAGCCUAGGAAUAGCAGUUACUGUGUUCUGAAAACGGAUAAAUUACAAAGCAACAAUGUCUGAUGACGACGAAUUUGAUCCGAAUAAAGAUGUCCCAAUAUGGGUCAACAUUGUAGUCCCUAUCGUAUCUGCGUUGAUAUUCAUCGGCGUCCUUAUAAUUUUGUUUCAUACAAAGAAAGAAGUUCCUCUAGAGACUAUUGAAGACUGGAUUGACAGAAUUCCUCUUGUUAACCGAUGCAUAUCCACCGAUUAUGAUACCACAGAGACCGACGCAAUAGCAAAAAGGACUUCUUCAUCACGUGGUGCGAGCGUUAAAGGAAGUCAAAGAAACUCAAAGAUAACACAAAUAAACGAAAGAUCGAAAAUACGUAAAACGUUAAGUUACAGUGAUAUUAGGAGGUAUGACUCUAUUUCGACCAUAAGAACUCAGGAUAACACAACAGCAAGUUCUGACCUUCAGGGGUCAUCGAAAAAACAAUAUUUCUAUGCCAGCCAAGGAACGUUAAUGAGCUUUGAAAGUAGUGUGUAACAAAAUGGCCACUCGGCAUAAGUAUUGGUUGUAUAUUGUUAACUUUACCACACAGCAUCUGCAAAAGCGACGUAAGGAAAUCCACGUGAUAAACAUCUCCUUACCUUGUACAUGUUGUAUUUUAUUCACGUACAUGUAUAUAUUAUAUUGUGAAUAACAUACGUAGAAAACUAAAGACAAAAAGAAACAACGACAAGACGCAAAUGUAACUACCAUAUUCAUAACCUCGUUAUUGUCUUCUUUGCAGGCUUGUUAAAGGUUUUAUAUGAAAAGACGAGUCCUCCGAUGGUCACACAUUUUUUGGAAGGCGAUAACGCAGCAUAUUCCAAAAUUACAUAAUUUUAUGCCCAACCCAUAAAUAUCCAUGCAUACGCGUCAAAAUAUAGUUCGGUGCUAUUUAAGUUAAUCAGAAAAAAACUUUUGAAAAUAUAUUUUGAAUUAUCAUCUCUUGAAUACUGUGAGAGUUAACGGAAAAUAUAAUUGCUUUCAAUUUAUUUUCAAUGUAACUCUUUAACGUUUUCUGUUGUUUUCUUUCUGUUUUAAUGCCCCCAGUUGAUAUACAUGUUUGUGAUAUUUUAAUAAUUUUAUGUUUUAGGCUUUUGAACCUCUUUUGAGCUCCUUUGAUUUGUAGAAAAGAAAAAAUAUGAUGUUUUAUAAAAUUCUUUUGUACAAAGUAUAAUACUGACUCUACAAAACGCUCCGAUCUUUUUUAUUUCUACCAUAGUUCUACCGCUAUUAUAUGAUCUUUACCCUUAAACGCAUGCGCAAUAAACCCAAAUGAGUACCACUCCUUUUUCUAGUCGUAUGUGUAGUCGGCAACAAGUUCACUGUCGGGGAACUAAUUGAAAUUUAUUUCACUAAAAUUAUUUUGUAAAACAAUAGGGAAACAUUCAGUGAAGUACUUUAGAUGUUAAUUCAUUUAUAGUUCUUUUCGUUUUCGUUUCGUAAUUUUAAACAUUAAUUUCCUAAAUAUAAAAUCUCGCAGCAUUUUUUUUCACAAAAUAGACAUUUGUGUCUAUUUUUGUAUGUUUUAAUGCAAAUAUGUAUAUAUUAUGAUGCAUUUUAUAAACUUAUGUGCUUG